AUGAAGAGUUGCGUCGAAAACCGCUCUCCCUGUCCCCAUGCCCUGUCCCUCUUUCUUCCUGUGCGCCGCGCGCUGGAGGACGCGGAGGAGACCCCCCUGUCGCGCCUGCUGCACUCCGCGGACGAUCUGGCAGAGCAGGUGGCGGAAGUGGCGCCUCAUUGUGUACCCGGACCGAACCCAACCCCCCACUCUGUCCCCCCCCUCCAUUCACUUCCCCCCCUUCCCAUGUGCCGCGAGCAGGAGGACGCGGAGGAGAUCCCCUCAUCACAGCCGCUGCUGUGCGCGGACGAUCUUGCAGAGCAGGUGGCGGAGGUGGCGCGCCACUUCGCGCUCGCUGACGUCACGCUCAUGGGCGUCACCGCGGGCGCCUACGUCCUCACGCUCUUCGCUCUAUCCCACCGCCAUCUGGUGCGCGGGCUCAUUCUCGUGUCUCCUCUGCUCUCGCCGCCCUCGUGGUCCGAGUGGGCGCACAACAAGGUGACCAUGAGCGUGCUAUCCUUUUACGGCAUGACGUCAUACAUCAAGGACUCGCUCUUGGAUCGAUACUUCUGCCCAGCCACGGCAGGCUUCCACGGGCCGGCCUCAGAUGCGCUCUUGUCCUUCCGCAGGGAGCUGGACUAUCACGAGCCUGAGAAUCUAAUGCGUUACUUCUACGCCAUUCACAGGCGCAGGAACCUGCUGCCUGGGCUGGCGGCACUGCAGGUGCCAGUGCUGGUGGGUGUGGGUGACUCGUCCCCCUUCAACCCCCUGGCUCGCACCGCCUUCCACCACCUGCACUCCAAGCUACGCCCAGCAGGCAGCCACCCGUGGGACUGCUGUGAGCAUGCAGGGGAGGACGGGGAAGAGAGGAGUGGCUAUGGGAGGGAGUGGGCGGUGGGGCAUGUGGAGGAAGGAGCGAGUGUUAGAUGGGUUCCCACCUCCCCUCUCCCUCCUCCAUCCCGCCUCUCAUCUCCCCGUCCUCCUCCUCUCCCUCCACCUCCACCCCCUCUCAUACCACCCCCUCCCUCUGCACGCCCUUCUGGACCCCUGCGUGCACCCCAGCAGCUUUGUCGCCUGCCUUCACACCUGCGGCUGUGUCACCUUGGAGCAAGCUGGUUUCUGAGAAUUCUCAUAGAAGAGAAGGUGGGAGGAGGCGGCGGCAUAGCGGAUGGCGUUUGA